GUAGCGGUUUUUACUGGACGGAAGACAGUAGUUAGUCACACAAGUUAGACCUUAAUCCUCCAUCUACGUGGAGCUUGUUUAAACUUCUUGUCUCCAGAUUUUGUUAGGGAUUUUAUUUCAGUGAAAGUGAAACAUCAGCCUCCCUUCUUCGUCUGCGGGGUUUCCGUUAGCUGCGCAGCCGCGACACGACUGCUAAAUAACUUAACAGCGAAGUUGAAGCUAGCACUGUCGGUUGAAUAACGGACUAGCCAGUUAGCUUUCGCCAACGUUUCCAACACAGAGCCGGAGUCAAUGGUUAACCGGACACAAGUGUCAUUGUUUGUUUUCUCUCACUUGAGAGUUUACUCAGUCAACGGUUCUGGGGUUUGGUCGCCCCUUUCUCUGUGGCGCUGGGUGAGAACUUAGCUCGGUUUUUAUUAUGGCUAGCUGUUAUUGUUCGUAGUGGAAACGUCGCGUCUCUUCCCAGCCUUCGCUUCCCCGAGCAGAAGCGCUAUGAUCGCUGAGAGGAAAUAGCCCGUUGGAUAUUUCAGCUGCGAUGUUUUAUAUUCCGCCGUUGCUGCUGGUUGAGCUGCUGCCACAGUGAUUAACUGCAGGACACCUGGUCCAGCAUGAAGGCCCUGGGCUCCAGAUUCUCCUUUUAUGCGGGUUUUGUGGUGGGGACCUUCACAUUAUACGUGUUCCUGCGGCAGGUUUGGUUUGAGAGGCUUGGGCAGGCCGAAGGCUAUGGGAAACUUGGUGUCCAGCAGCAACAGUUGGACGAAGACCAGGGGAUAUGGAAGAAAGAGAGGUCCGCUCUGUUUAACUUGGAUCACCCUCAUCAUACAGGUGAGGAUAGCCACAUGGCUGACGAAUUGUACAACAAGGUGCGAAUCCUUUGCUGGGUGAUGACUGGUCCCAAAAACUUGGAGACAAAGGCUCGGCAUGUCAAGUACACAUGGAGCCGCCAUUGCAACGUAGUCGUUUUCAUGAGCUCUGUGGAUGACCCCGACUUCCCCACGGUGGGACUUGGCACUAAGGAGGGGCGCGAUCAGCUGUACUGGAAAACGAUCAGGGCCUUCCAUUACGCCUAUGAGCAUUACGCCAGCGAGGCAGACUGGUUCCUCAAGGCAGAUGACGACACCUACGUGAUAGUGGACAAUCUGCGAUGGAUCCUUGCCAACCACACGGCGGACGAGCCGAUUUACUUUGGCCGAAGAUUCAAGCCCUACACCAAGCAGGGGUACAUGAGCGGCGGCGCGGGAUACGUACUGAGCAGAGAAGCCCUGCGGAGAUUCGUAGAAGGUUUUAAAAACAAAGUGUGCACUCACACUACGUCUGUAGAGGAUCUGGCGAUGGGGCAGUGUAUGGAGAAGGUUGGGGUGCUGGCAGGAGACUCCCGAGACACUGCGCAGAGGGAGACGUUCCACCCCUUCGUCCCAGAGCAACACCUCACUGCCAAGUUCCCCAAGAGCUUCUGGUAUUGGAGCUACUGUUACUACCCCAUCUCAGAGGGUCCAAACUGCUGUUCAGAUGUGUCGGUGUCUUUUCAUUAUGUAGACGCCACCAACAUGUACAUGUUGGAGUACUACGCCUAUCACCUGCGUGCCUUUGGCUACAGAUACCGCUACCAGCCGCCGACCCCAAAGGCUUACAGACCUGAACUUCCAAAUCCCUGGGAUUCUGGCGAAAGGCUAAAAGAGCGGGAGUCUGGGGUGAAGGAGUCUGGGGCUGGAGAUGAUUCAGCGCAGGAAGUAGGUCCUGCACCUGUGGCUGCUAAAGACCCAGCUGAAGCGCCGGUUUGAUAAUAACACGGAUUUUAAGAAGGAGAAAAUGGGUGUUGUUCAUGUUACCCAAGCAUUCUGAUAAUCUGGGAUUGUAGUUCUUCACAAGCAGGAAAUUGGCUCCACUUUGGUCCUACGUUUCUUCCACAUGCAAGUGCAUUCCCUGAGGAUCCUGGAGCUCAGCGACCGCUUUUAAUGUCAGAUGUGACUGCAAGACUGUUCCUCGGCCUGAGACUUUUACCCUUUUAUGUUUUUUAAGUGGUUUUACAACGAUAUUCUUGGACACCUGAGUUUGUCUAUAUUGAUUUUUGAGAGGGUGAUCCUGUUCCAACAUUUUAAAAAAAAAUUUCAUUUAAGCAUUGUGUUUUAUGUUUUAAGUCUGCAGUCACAACAAGAAAACUGUCCUUUGGUUCUCCUUCACAACCGCAGAAGUUGUCUGACUUCAUUCCACAUGGAGAACCGUAAAUCUGCAAGGGAGGACCUGGGUGUGCCAAGAAUGACCUGGUUUCAUGUUCUGAGCCGUAAAACUUUCUCAUCAGUUCAAAAUAACCAGAGUCACGUUUGUUUGUUUUUUUCUUGUUUUUUUAUUUUUGGGGUGGGGGGUGUUUGCAUGAACUACCUCUCAAACUGUUGGCUGUUUUUCAGAGCCUUCUUCAGCUGGACACAAAGCGAAAUGUUCCAUCAUGUGGGACUCUUUAUCAACGUCGUCACAUUUUAUUUGUUAUGCUUCGUGAAGAAAAUCUUGUCAGUCCAGAACAGGCAGGGCUGGUUAGCCAAGGUAUAGUGAAGUUUAAAACCUGCUAAAGCUCUCCAUUUUCCUACAGUUUGUUUCUGAGGAGAUGCCCAAGCUAGUCUGGUCUGAAAUAUUUAUUUAUAAUGUUUUUAUGUUCAAGCUUACCCAGAUGGCCAUAACAUAACAUAACAUGGCUUUCAUAGACUAUUCAUUUGCUUGUUUUUUUUUUUUUUUUAAUUUAUGUAUAAAAGCUUCCUAAUGAAGGUUCAGAAACUUUAAAAAUUGCCUUUUUUUUGCCAACAAUUUUAAAAAAGAAAAACACCAAAUCCUUACAUUAUGGACCAAGAGAGUUUUUGGCAGUAAUACACAUAAUAAAACAUUUGCUGCACCCAAAUCAGUUUUUUAUGUAGUUUGUUAAACUUAGUGAAUUAUAUCAAACUUUUUCAAAGAAUUUAAGACAAGUCCUGUUUUUACAUCUGAGAAUAAUCCAACCGAGCCUAAAAGAAUCUGAAAACUAGAUGUCUAAUCCGUAGCGUUGAAUAACGGGCUACUUUAUUUACUUAAUUUUAGUAGGACAUCCCUGCGCUAAAGUGAUGCUAUGUCUCAAUCAGAUUCAAGUCAAAACUUUGAAUAAAACGAAUCUUAAAUUUAUAUAUUUUAAAUUUAUUGAGCCAUUCAAAUAUUUGCUGGCGCUUUAGGUCACGUUCUGAUGGCCGGACAUGUUGCAUCAGAAAGUCACGGUUCCAUCAUUUACAGUGUCCUGGCCAACUUUAGUUAAAUGAUUUAGUUUGAUUAUUGAUUCAAUUAUCUUCUCACAUUGAGACAGUCGGCUAUUAAAACUUAUUUGAUGAUUUGAAAUAUGUUAGGAAACACAAAAAGUACCAACGACUUUUUCACAGCACUGCAAAGGGAACAUAAACACAGAUUUAGACACAACUUGAUGAUGAAUUGUUUUACUUUGUUCCAUAACAUCUAAUCUACAGUAUUACUAAUCUUGUGUAAAUGAGCCAGUAUACAUGCAUUAGACAUGUUUACUAUAAUAUUCCAGAUCUAUAUAAUCCAACCAAAGAUUCCUGCAUUGGAGAAAAGAUUCCCCAGUGAAGGAAGACAAAUAUGGAUUUGUCUUCCUUGUUGGUAGUUUUUUUUCACUUAAUUCAAUUCAUCCAGCAGUUUCACUCAAACAGCCGCGUUUCCUGGCGCAGCUGGAAAAACUACAUGGUUGAGGAAGUAGUUGAUUGAAUAGUUUCUUGUUCUCUUUGAAAUGAUACCUUAUCUGUUAUAAGCAAACAGUUGCAGAAUAUUUGUCUGCGCUUUCUGAAACUGCCACUAUUGACACACACGUACACUUGGUAAGUUCCUGAAUCCUUCUCCCCAAGCUGACGCAUAAAGGAUGUGCCUUGCGAACUGAGAAUGUAUGAGCCACGAGCUGCACACGCGACUUUGCACUGUGACGUUAAAAUGGGGGGGAAAAGGAGGAUGAAGGAUAAUUUUAUUCAAGCCUUUCAUUGUAUGUUUACUUCUUUUUUUAGACACUGUUUUGCUUCUGUAUGCUUUAGUUUAACUGGAGAAAACAUUUUUUUUUUUUUUUUUUUUAGAUAUGACACAAUAUGUAAAAGUACUUCCAGCAGUUUCUACUUCCAGUGGCUGAUUAACUGAACAUUUUAUGUUUGUGAAAACUUGAUGACCAAGAAGUGACACACAAAAAAAAAUACUGCACUUUUGAUUUUGAUUUCAACAACUUUAAAUUUGUUUUACAUGGAAUCCUUUCAGACUCAGUGUUGCAACUGAUUAUUUGUGUGUGAACAGCGUUUUUCCCUUUUUAUCCGCUGUUUUUUUAACAGGAGAUGGUUGUAAGAUUUCACACGUCUCUGUCAGUCGAAUUGGGAUGUUUUACGUUAAAGCCUCUUUUAAAGAAGUUGUUUGUUUAACCCUCCUCUUAUGUUUCGGGUCAAAUUGACCCGUUUUAAAGUUUAAACAUUUUUUUUUUAAAUAGUUGAAAGUAUUUUAUUUAAUUUUUUUUGCAUGAAACUUUUUCUAUUUGCACUCGACACAUAAGUUGAAAAUUAAUUCAUUUUACACAUUUGCACCAACCCCUGGAUCUACUUUUUGCAUGGCUACUGUUUGGCAGUCAAGUUAAAGUGCAAAAAAAUAUUUAAAAAAUGUCCAAUUCUAUAUGUUUCCUUGCAGCUAUGAACCACAUUUCACCACACACACACACACACGCAUACAUGCAUGUGCAUAUGCAUAUGCACGCCCAGGAACCCACUUUCUCACUAUUCUCUUUACUUCACUAGGAAACUGUGAGAAAGCAGGUGUUCAUACAAGUUUUGACAGGAAUCUUUUCUGUUACCGUAGACAAACUCCACCCACACUGAGUGGACACGAACUUUUUUGCUGCACCCUAGAAACAAACAUAACAGGAGGGUUAAUACCUGCUGCGUUGAAUUUUUUCUUAAUGGGAAGAGUGAGACACCAGUUCCUUGACAAUCUUGUCAAUAGUGGGGUUUUUCUCUAAGGGAAAAAUGUACAGUGCUGUAUUGACACUUGACAUGUAUUUACGUUAGUUGCUGGAAUUUAAGUGUGCAGAUUUGUGAGAGCACAGAAAAAUGUGAUUUUUUUUUUUUUCUGUGGAAGGUACUUUAAUCACUAUAAAUAAAUAUUUUACUGUACUGUUUCGUGAUA